GUACAUGCGAGUCGUGUUCCUGGCCGCGUCGCUGCCCACGCCCGAUGCCUCGACCACUGACCUGCCGGGCCCGGCGUCGAUGCCACCGCCGCCGCUGCCCACGCCGCCCAAGAAGGCCCCUGGCUGGCUGCGGUCGCUGCUGAAGGGCGUUCGCCAGAUGCUCGCCGAGCCAGGCGUGCCCAAGGGCUCACCGCCUCUGCGCAUCUGGCUCGAUCUGCUCUGCAUCAACCCGCGCGACGCGCGCGAGGAGGCCGAGCGGCGGGCUCACAUGGCGCGGGCCUACCACCACGCCAAGAUGGUCGUCGGCUGGCUGGGCGAAAAGGACGCGACGUCUGAUCUCGCCGUCGAGAUCAUCAAGGCCUGGGACAAGGUGAUGCCGCGCACCUUUGGCGAGCCGGGCGACCGCGAGGCCCAUCCCGAGAAUUAUGCCCCCUUUAUGAAGUGGAUGGCCCCCGUGGCGCACCUAAGCGACAUCCCCGAGGGCAUCAAAGACCCUCGCGACGUGCCGGCCUACGUGGCCAUCUCUGGAUUCCUCAACCGACCCUACUUUCGCAACUCUUGGAUCCUCGACGACAUGUCCAAGGCGCGCUUCCCGGCCUUUUUGCUGGGCGACGACAUUGUGUCCUGGAUGCAAAUCCUGCGCCUCAACCGCGCCAACGAGGAGAUUCGCGACAAUGGCGCCGAAAUGUUCCCCGACGAACUGCGCCCGCUGCUGGAAUAUCUGCCGCUGGGCAGCGUCUACGCCUUCUUGAAGGACUUUGAUAAUCGGCAGAGGAUGGAGGGCGGUACGCCGGCCAUGCUUACCGCCACGAGCUCUAUUAGAAGCUCGUCUUCCAUGACGGGCAUACGGACAAGGUCAAGGCAAUAAAACUCUGGGAAAGAAAAAAAAAAAAGGCAAAAAAGUUUAUUUCUUUUUCCAAAUAAUUUUCUCUUUUUUUUUUUGAAUGCCCUUUUCUUCUGUUUUUUUUUGGAAACAUCUUUUUGUUGCGGUAUCGGUAUCAUUAAAUAAAGGCGUGAGAAAGUUGGAAAUAAUUUUUUUUGUUUGUUUUUUUGAGAAUGAUAUCAUCUGAGUUUUUAUAUAAAGGGAAUGUUAAACGGGGCUUUUAUUUUUUCUUAUUUAUUUACACUCUUCAUCUAUCUAUAAUAACGCGAGACAGUUUUGUUCUUUAGCGAGUUGUUUUGUCUCUGUUAUUGUUAAUUUUGUAUCGGUUGGUUUUUUUGGUUAUGCAGGGAGGAAUAGGGGUACGAUUAUGAUCUGCGAUAUACUAGUGGCUUCUGGGUUUAUUUCAGUCCGUGUAAGCGCGCCGCGAGGCAUACGCGUGUCAUUUCAAUCUGUUGAGCUUUCUUGAUCAAUUCUUGCUGUGCAUCUGAUUUAAAAUACCUAUUAGUGCUGUA